UAUACCGUACCAGUUCAACAGCCAAGACGGUGCCACGAAUACCUCACUGUUAGUGUUGUGUUGAGACCAGUCUGCCACCCAAACAGCAUCCAGUCAGCAAGGCUCAAAAACAGACUAAUGAUGAGCUAGACGCUGACAAAUCGUGUGUACCAACUGAACUACAGUCUGUAACUGCACACAGAACAUGCACUCUAAGAUGAGUGUAUCAUGUGUAAGUGAAUCUAGUAAACGUGACUGGUGAGUAUAGCGUGUAAUUCACAUGGGGGGAAAAGGUGUUUCAUGUAGGUCAGGCUAUUUAAUACUACUCAGAGGUCUUGGCCCAGAUUAUGUUUACUGUCAUAAACCGCCCCUAAGAAAGAUUAUUCGGUGGUGGGGCCAAAAGUCACUGGUGUCUUCUGCUGACAUGCACACCGUAGCCUGUAAAAUUACAUUCUAAAAUUACAAGGCAACUUGGUCACAUCCUGACCAAUUCAAUGCCUUCACGUUAUACGCCAAGCGCUGCAAGGAGAUAAUUGUUUAUUCGAACUUGCGCUACGGUGGCGUAAGAUUACUCAACAAGAAAAACCCCUCGUACUAGCAUACUGGAUAUCAUACUGACCGUAACACGAGUGUAAUACGAUUGGCUGAUAUUAAAGUAGCAGGUGGUGACAGUAUCUUUUAAAUUCCUUUAGGGUGUGAAGUUUUAGGUGUAGCGCUGCAGCCCAACGUCGAGUCCCGGAAUCGACAGAGAGGCGUGAUGCGUCUCUGAGUCACUUUUUGGUGCCAGUCAGGUCUGCACAGGUCCAAAGCACCCUCAUCUAGACGAUGUUAUAACCGGCGUGUGAGUUAGUUUCACAGUAUAAUCGUCGUGUGCACCUCCUCUGACCUUUGUAAACAACAAUGUUCUUUCGGAAAACACGUCGUUGAAACCGGAGUUCAAGCAAACGAGUCCAAUGCCUGGAGUCUAUGCGUUUCUGGUCCUUACUCUUCAGCUGGCGCAUCUCUCCGUAGCGUUUGAGAUGACGCGGAAAAAUGUCCUAAAGAUCAGGGAGCACUGUGUUGACAAUGACAAGAAGCAGAAUUUGCUCCGGCUUAAGCUCUCCACAGUAUUGUCCAGCAGCAUGGACGUCUGUGUGCGUAUGCAUCUGCGCAUGGAGCCUCUGUCAGAUAAUAAAACCCUACAGAUUGAGUUCACUGAAUUAGGAACCAAUAAUUCUCGGAAUAUCUUCAUUGAGAAACGCCAUAAUGGAAACGGCACCAUCUGGUGGGAACAGUUGUUUAAAGACCACAGGAAAGUCGAUGUUAGGUGCCCCGUUGUGAGUCAUUGUAGUCCUGAGGCAGGAUACACACCUGUGUGGACCUUGAAGUUUGAGUGUUUCAACGCUCAGGCUGGCUACAUGGUAUAUGUGUCUGUGCGUGAACUCAGCAAUACACUCAUCACUGCCUCUCACAUAGUGAACCACCUUACAGAAGUGGCAUCUCCAUGUAACCAUCUGCAUUUUUCUCCUUGUCUACCAGUAUAUCCCAAAUCUCGUAGUCCUGAAGACGGAGACACAGUGCCUGUGUAUAAUGUAACAGUGGAUAUCUUGGCAAAGCGUUUCUUAGUUACCAUGGAGGCAGGCCAACAAGUGAAAGCCAGGUUGUGCUUCAAAAACCUACAAUGGGAAUGCACUGGAGGCCAACCGCUUCAGAUGAAUACUGACCUUGUUCGGGCCGUCAGUUUAAAUUUCUCUCACCUGGUACCCUGUAUGUGUGUGCAGCUGUAUUAUGCUGCACUCGAUGCCAAGAGAGACACAGCCUGUCCACUUAAAGACAAGAUAUUGCCAGGAGGUGGGGAUGUCCUGUCCAGCAGCUCAGUGACUCUCUUUGGCAGCUCUGUUCUUAAAUGGAAGCCUCUUUGUCCGUCUGCCCAGUACAAACCUACCGUCACCCUCUGCUGGCAACAGCAGGAAAACCAGUCGCUGUGCGUUCCUGCCCAAAACUCCACCUUGGGGGAGACGGACCUGAAGUACAACGUGUCUCAGGUUGACAAGCAUGCCCACAUGUGUGUGAAGUUUUCUCUGAAUGGCAGUCGCCGUGUCUUCUGUCCCUUCAGCUCAGGGUUUGUCUCUAAAUGGGAGGUGACCGUGGUCCCCAGACUACGGCGUCUGCAUGUCCAGCUGUCCUCCAGUGUUCCAGCCAUCUUUGCUGCCCAGCUGUGUGUGAAGGAGGGCGAAGUGUGCAUGGCGAACGGAAAUGUCCACCCUGUUCUGAUGGAAGAAGACAGUAGACAGGGAGAACUGAGCAUACGCCUCCCAUUGCUCAGCUCAGGACUGUGUGUGCAAGUGUGGCAGGCUGCACCUGCUCUCCUUGGUAGGAGGACCAUUUGCCCUGACUAUACUCACAGGAGAUUGGGACUCAUUCUUGCCAUUUCAUUGGCCUUCUUGGUCGCCAUAACAACUUUGGCCAUCCUCACCUACAGUCUGAUUAAAAGGAAGACAUCAGUGUGGCGCUGUGCGGAGAGGAAGCCCGUGCUGCUCGUGUGCUCUUCGGAUGAUGUGGCUCAUGUCGCGGCUGUUUGCGCCCUGGCCUCCGGCCUGCAGGAGGAGCUGUGCGUGGACGUGCGCCUGGCGCAGUGGGCCCACUCCAGCACCCAGGCCUCGCUGGCGCAUCUGGGGCCCGCACCGUGGCUCUACGGCCAGUGCCAGGUGGUACAGCAGGCCGGGGGCAUGGUGCUCGUGGCCUGGAGCGCCGACGCCCAGCGGGCUUUCGUCCAAUGGAGGGAAGGGCAGGUGGAUGAGAGGGAGCAUAGAUGUAGCGGGAAUCUGGGGCGAGAGAAGAUGAGCAAGAAAGAAGAGUGGAAGGAAAAGCCAAGGGAAGGAUGGGUGGAAAGGGUGAGGGGGGCGUCGUCUGUCAUGGCCCCGGUGUUUAAUGCCGCGCUCUCGAGUCUGUGGGCAGGACUGCACAGCGAGAGGCGUGGCAAAGGGUUCGGGCUGGUUGACUUCCAGGGCCUUGGUGCCAGUUGCUAUGUUCCUAAAGACCUCAGGGGCAUCCGAAGGUACUGCCUGCCUAGGGACCUCUGCAGCUUGAUACACGAGCUGGACCUGAAGGAGUGUGGGCCAGGAGGGGUUAAAGGAACAAUCGGCGGCUGGUGUUGUUGGCCCCGCCUCUUCUCCAAAGCGCUGUCCUCCUGGUUGUCACAGCGACUUGCUCAGAGACUGGAGGAGUGUCUUUCUCAGGCAGACGUACGAGCUCGCCUCACAUCCAAGCGCAUGCUGAACCUGUCGUUAAGAGCUGACAGUGAAAACAAUGUGAAGCUGAAACAGAAGAAAACCUUGUUGCCAGACUCAUGAGAAGAAAAAUAUGGAAUAUAAUGAGAUCACAGAAAAAAGGUUACUGGAAUUGCCACCAUAAUCUCUGCUUUAUAAGAUGCUAUAAGAUAUGCUGCUUCUAUAUGGAGUGCACAAGUAGUACUGAUAAAAGCAAACAAAACUGUUUCCAAUUGGGCAUGCUCUCUCUCAACUAUUACCAUAAAAGUGUUCAUUUUCAUUCAUACUUUUUGCAUACCUCAACCUAAGGCCAGGGAUAUUUGCAGUGAUGUGGGUAUAAAGUGCAGAUUUCUGCAGUCUGUAAUCUAGUCAAAUGCAGACAGACUGUAGUAUCUUGAGGCUCUCCAUUAUUCACAUGCCUGUGAACUAUGAGUAUUAAUACAGGUGAUCCUCUGGAAGACUCUGAACAUUGAUAUUAGGUGGCUCAUCACCACCAGUCCCUAACCAGGACCACAUUUGAACCACCAAUUGCUAACCAGGGCCACAUUUGAACCAGAAAUCCCUAUCCAGGACUACAUUUGAACCACCAAUCCCUAUCCAGGACCACAUUCAAACUGGCAAACCUUAACCCGGACUGCAUUUGAGCUACUGACCUUCUGGACAUAUGGCACAAUCAAGUGAAACCUGCCUCAACACAUCAUCAUUAACGAGAUACUGGUGUUUUUAACAACUGUAUUUUUUUUUUUUAUUGUAAAAAAGGAAAAUGUUCCAGGUAGUGCUUGUCUUUGUUAAAUGACUGAUCUCUGCAUUAUUUCUCUGCUGCAUGUGGCUGUGUGUGCAAAUGCACAGAUAUCUGGCAAUGGCACCUGAUACUUGCUUAAUAAUAUAUCACAUCCCAGUGCCUUUUGUAAAUGUUACCUGUAAUGAAGUGUUGCCUUCACUUUUAGACCAGCUCUAAAAACAGGUGUCCUCCAUUGACUGGUUCAGUACAGGUGUGCUCCAUUGACCAACACAGUAUAGGCAAAGAAGCAGUUCAGUAUGGAGUAUAUGUUCUCUGCAGUUACUCAUAAAUUCUCAUUUUAACCCCUAAACCCAUAUAUGGUUAUUAAGUUCAUUAGCCGGUCUGUGCCACUUUAUGAUACAAUGCAACAUUCAACGCUUUGAAAUAUUUAACGUCUGGAAGGAUGGGAGUGUCAAUCAUGAAGACAAGGGAACAUUCUAGCCUGGUACCCUACAGCCUGCAUGCUAAGGGUACUGUGUAGAGGAACAUUACAUAAAAAGGAAUGAGAAACAUUGAGAUGUGCACCGCAGCAGUUGUUACACACGCAGUGUGUGGCCUCUGACUAUGAUAGUGGGAUACUCCUAAACCUUUUUAGGCCUUACGUAUAAAGCAAGAAGGAUAUGUUGACAUCUUCACUCGAACACGUUUUAAAGGGCCCAACCUGUGUGCUUGCAGUGAAGCAAAACUGGAUGAAAUGCCUAAGACCUGUACACAUAACUCUCCCAUGCAGCGCAACCUCAACGCCUUCAGUGUCUUGGUAAUAAAUGAUUUAUACAGACACUCCACGUCUGUCGACAAAUCAUUCCUUUGUGGGUUAUUUCUGUAAGCUCUUAAUUCAUACAUAUGAUAUACAGGGGAUACAAAUUUUUGUAAACUACUUCUACAUAUAUAUGGGUGGAGAUUAUAUGAAAUAUUCAAUUGUAAGGGUAAAAUUACUAGGAAAUUAUCUUUUGAGGAAAAUGAAUUAAUUUAUUGGCAUUUUUAUCUGGGAAUGAAUUGUUUAUAUUGGAGUCACUUGCACUGAGACGUGACAUAAUUCUAAGGAAGAUUAGGCUUAGACUGCAUAGUGCACAUGCUUUAACUGGUGCAGUAUGGGUACUGCACUACUGUAGCCUUACAGCUAUGCUACAUCUGCAACUUUGAUUACAAAACAGCAUUUACUUCCUGAAAUAGUUGAAGAAAACUGCACAAUAAAAGGCUGCUGUUGUGUUUCAGUGACUAACACUGAGACUACUGUGCAUAUAAGUUGGCUCAGAGAUGAUCAGAUUCAUAUGAAUAGCCAGUGGUUGCCUUCUUGCUGAUAACAUCCAGCAUACACCGAGAGUGGUAAGGUACUUUCCCAGGUUGGUAUACAAUUCCAUCAGAUACAAGCACUUUGAGCAACGGUAGAACUUAUGCAAAUUUCUCCAUGCAGGCAGAUGAAAAUAUUACUGUUUUAAAUGUGGUCAUUGUGUAUUUGCCUGGGUUCAGUAAUAAAUGUUGAACUUUCACAACUUUGUCACAUGAUCACAAGCCAGUGAGCCAGAAUAGCUGGUGAUGGUGGUGUGUGUGUGCGUGUGUGUGUGUGUGAGAGAGAGAGAGACUGUCUUGAACCUGAUUUAUAUUCCACAGAAAGAAAGGGGGAAUGAAAUGUUUGAGUAGGGCAUUUGGAAUAACACUGUGGCUGCACGCAUCCAGCAUACCAGACAUUGAGAUUAGCUUUACACAGAAUUUUACCACUAAAAAGUUGCCAUUUUGUGAUUUUAAUAAUGAUGCAAUUAAACUUACUU